AUGAACAUGUUCCUUCCAGGAGGUGGAACAGGAUUUAUAGGCAAAGCUUUGGUAGACACCUUGAAACGUGCAGGACAUGAGGUCACAGUAAUCUCAAGAACUCAAGCACCUGGAAGGAUUACAUGGGUCAGUUUAUUCCAAUUCCAAAGUAGUAAACCGAAGUAGUAUUCAGAUAUAGUAUUUUUGGUCAGUUAAACUUCCUGUCGAUGACUGGCCGACCUAAGUUUAUAUCAAGCCUAUAGUAACUGGUUGCUUCCAGCUUGAGUAUAGUCAAAUCACGAUAUUUUAAUAGCAAUUAAAAGAUCUAAAAGCUGGACAUCAAAAUUACACCAAAAAUAUCUUUUAGUAAUCUAAAAUAUUGACAGAUCAGUUUGUUACCGUGAGUGAAAAGAAAGUCACUGCAGAAAGUACACUGUACAGUAUGUUUUUUUAAGAAUGUUUAAGUACUGAGUAAGGAAUAUGAGUGACGUUUUGGUCACUUCUGAGGUCAAAAGGAAAUAUAAAAUGUCAUGUCCUGUAAAGGAAUAAGGAUUGUUUUAAUAGGAAAGGUCGCUGGGUGGCUGAGUGCAGCCCAUGAUUUGACAAAGUAAAUUUUAGAAUUCAAUUAGGAGAGAAUGGUCUCUCAGUGGGAGGUGGUCACAAAGUUUUAAUUUUAUUUAGUUAGAACUUAGUUGUAACUCGCCAAUCUUGGUAAUCUCUCUAUGUCUCUACCUUAAAUAGAAUGAAAUUACCCAGUCACCUUUGCCUGAAUGUGAGGCUGUGGUCAAUCUUGCUGGCGAGAACAUUCUAAAUCCUCUGAAAAGGUAACAAAUUAUUUCCUGCAGUUGGGUAACGGUGUUUAUGAUAUUAAAACUUGUUAAAAUGAAAAGUUUCAGUUAGGCUAGGUAUAAUAUUAAAAAAAGCGCAUUCCCAUAAGACACCUUGUUUGCCCCCCUCUAAAAUAAAUUGCGAAGGCAUUGUGUUCAAUCUCUCUUGGAACAAGUACUGGAAUAACAAGGAAUAAUAAAUCUGUAAAACAACAGUUUUUCAAAAUUUGGGGGGAGGAAGGGCAAACAAGGUGUGCUUAGGAAAAAUGUGUUUCUGUAGGAUGAAUAGACUCAGGAUUAAACAGACUCAGGCUAUUUAUAUUAACACCCCCAGUUUCAUUCCUAACCUCCUAGCAUUGUGGUGUCAAUGUAGGCUUAAAACUGAAAAACCACCUACUGUUUUGGUUACUUUUAAAAACCAAUUUUUACAUUAAACAUUACAAUUCACCUAAGAGUCAAAGUCCAAAAUUGUAGACCUACACUUUGGGCAUUUACUUUUAUUCAUUGACGUCCUUAUCUUUUUAACAGGUGGAAUGAAACUUUUUUACAAGAAUUAAGGCAAAGUCGCAUUGAGACAACACAGACAUUGGCCUCGAAAAUAGCAGAUGCAGCAGUUCCACCUAAAGUUUUUGUCACAUCUUCAGCUGUUGGUAGGCUUAUUCCUUUCCAUGUUUUAAGGACGCCAAAUCAUUAUUUUUUUUAAUUUUCUUCAUAGCUACGUGAAGCAGCAGGAACAAGGGUUUUUUUAUGCAUAGGCUUAAAUGCCCUCAUCUCUUGCAUCUGUUGCAACUAGCCUCCCAUGCAGCCAUUCUUCGGGGUUCACUUGUCAUAUGCUCCUCUCCCCAACAUGGGGAAGGUGCAAGUGACAAAUGGACCCCUAGCGAUGUUUGCAUAGUGGCUAGCUCACCACUUGCUUGGAUACAUGUGGUGCUUCCAUAUAAAAGACUGUUUGGAAUCUACUUCUUAUAUGAUGUCUAAGGGAUGGCAUAUUUUUUUGGGGGCUCAGAUUUCUUUCAGCUCAGGUCGUCAUUGCAAAUGGUUCAUGUCUCUCCUCAGUCUUACACCUUGUUUUCAUUCUCCAAACCUUUCAUUUGACUCCACACAAGUUCUUAACCUUCUCAAAAAUAUGGGCUAUUUUACAGCCUAGGUUAUUUUUCAUCUUAAACGUCACUCGCUCUUCUCAAUCUGCUGUUUUAUGCAUUAACUUUCCUUUCUCUUUUUAGGUUAUUAUCCUGCAAGUGAGACUGAGGAGUACACUGAGGAUUUCCCCCCCAGCUCUGCUGAUACACUGACAAGACUUUGUAAAGACUGGGAGAACAGUGCUAAACUUCCUGACAACUGUACAACCAGACUGGUUACCUUACGGAUUGGGGUGGUGCUGGGCCGAAGUGGAGGAGUUAUACAACAGACAAUUUGGCCUUUUUGGUUUGGACUUGGAGGUACAAUGUACAGUACACAAUUAGGAGAAUUGCAGUCGUUUCAACCCAAAGUCGAUUCGCCUGAUCGCGUUUUGCUCGGACUUAAGUCGAUUCACCUGUUAACAUACAACACUCCGCAACGUGGUGACCAUGUUGUGGUUUAAUCUUAUCCUUGGUUUAAUUUUUAUUUCUCUUUGUUUUGGUGCUUGGUUAUGUGUGAUAAUGAGUUUAGAACAAAGGAAAAUAAAAAUUAAACCAAGGACAAAUUGAACCACAAUAUACAUACUUGUCAGAGAUGUUGUUCUAGUUAAGCUUGGAUUCCACAUGUGUAGUCACUGUCUUUUCAGGAUUAUUCCUUUUUUUAAACCAAAAAAUGACAAAAAUACAGCAGGCGAAUCGAGUUAAGCCCAGGCGAACUGACAUCGGGCGAAUCAUCCUUUAAGCGAAACGACCUGAUACCACUUUUAAGGGUUAGCGUAGGUUUAUGACAGCCAUAUAUCGUAUCAUGGCUAUCAGAAGAGUGCUUCACUAAAAAUAACUGUCAGAGACUCUUAAUCCUGAAGAGUUUCAGACCUGCGACGGUAAGGUACUUCCUUGAUCGUUCUAAUCAUCCUACACUCUAGUAAAGACAUGGCAAUCUUUGGUAUCUCCUUUUACCAAGGCAAUACAGUCGUGUCCAACGUUAGCGAGCUUAAGCAAAGACGACAACCCGCCAUCAUGGGCAGUGAAAACGUCGCUAAAAAAUGAAUCUGCCGUCCUUUUUCAAAGCUCUAUUUGGACCCGCUCAAUUUGUCGAAUGUAGGCCAUUUUUCCUGGAGUGAAUUCUUAAGGAGUUUAUCCAGGUUNCAACGUUAGCGAGCUUAAGCAAAGACGACAACCCGCCAUCAUGGGCAGUGAAAACGUCGCUAAAAAAUGAAUCUGCCGUCCUUUUUCAAAGCUCUAUUUGGACCCGCUCAAUUUGUCGAAUGUAGGCCAUUUUUCCUGGAGUGAAUUCUUAAGGAGUUUAUCCAGGUUCAAAAAAAGUAAGGAAUAUUUGUCGUCUUAUCUUCACGGCCACGCCCACCAUAAAGCAUCAUAUUAGGACGUUUCACGUUUAAAUCGCGCAUUUUUUUUUUUGGCGUUGUCGUCGUCGUCGGCCCGUUCCAGUGCGGGUACAUUGGAAAAUGAUCAAGCAAUAGGGAAAGACCCAAAACUCUUAAAGAAAUAUUUAUCUUUGAAAUCAACACUUUAUAUCCCCACCCAAUCAAAUUCAACUAAUUAACAUUUUCUCCCAGGUGUGAUUGGAAGCGGCAAGCAACAUUUUCCUUGGAUUCACAUCGACGAUAUGACCGGAAUAAUUACACACUCCCUCGAGAACGAUCACGUGACCGGUGUAUUGAACGCAGUGGCACCUGAAAUUGUAACAAACGAGCGCUUUACCAGGGAAUAUGGGAGUGUCCUGUGGAGACCCACCUUGAUUCCGGCUCCCUCAUUUGCAUUAAAUUUAAUGUUCGGUACUGAGCGCGCCAAAAUUCUCUUGGAAGGACAGAAGGUUAUUCCCAAACGAACACUGGAGAUGGGGUAUAGGUUCAAGUUCCCAGAAUUGAAAGCUGCCAUGAAAAAUAUUCUCAGCUAAAUUAUCAGUCGUUCCACAUCUCGUCUUUGUUAUGACUGGACAAGUUGGAUCAGAGGGAACCCACACGAUAAUCUCGAUAAAAACGAUUACUCACUUACACUUACAGAUUGUGUGGUUGAACGUAUUUUUUGUAGGAAUUGCCAAUUUUUGGUUCCUCGAUUGUGAAAGGUUUAAGAAAGUGUACUUCUGCUUGCAUUCUCAAUCUUGAACUGCUCGAAUAGCUGCGAACCUUAUUUUGUACUUCAAUAAAGUUUUGGUCCUGCGGCGAAGUUGUACUGGAAAACAGUUGCUCAGAUUAGAACAACUUGUUCACGAAAGGAGCAAUACUUGAAAUAAGAAAAGAGGCUAAGACAUCCGAGGUAAUAUAAGAAUAUAUUUUAAGACCAAAGAGAUAAAUAAACCGAAGUGAAGAAAAGUAAGUCUGCCUGUUAGUUAUUGAUUGUUUUAGCAAACCUCUUUUCCUGGGUCGUGCCUCUUCCAGUUGGAGGAAUAAAACGUAAAACUUACACUGAUUGCUCCAUUGAUUUGUAUCAAUAACAUGAUCAGAAUCAAUUUCUAUGAUUUCUUGGUUAUGACUGACAAACCGGGGCAACUCCCACCCUGGUAAUGAAAAUUUGGAAAAAAUGCACGUGGAAGACGUUUCAAUAUCAGAGUGUAUCACCAAGAACAGCUGAGUGAUACGUUGAUGAGUCGAAACCCGACUCCAUCUGUUCUUGGAGUGGGACCAGAAUAGAAAGGCUGGCUUAGCGACAGUUGACGACGGGAAAGCGUCUGGAAAAGACUAAACACGACUUCCGGUGCCCAAUUUUCCGCUCUGCCAUUUGUCAAGCCAGUUGUGUGAUUUGCGCGAGCCGUCGUCAACUGACGUUCCCGUUCGGUUGCUAAAUCAGCCUAAAUGUCGAUUUCAGGGGACGAGCAUAUUGACUGGGGUAUUGAGCGGGAGUGGCACCAGGAAUAUGAAUAAACAAUAGCUUAACACAGAGGCCUUUCAGAGCUCGACGAUGAUCAGCAAAAUUCAUAUUUAUUGUUUAAGAGACAUACUAGUGCUAGAUAGAAAGAUAGUUGUAACUGCGAACCUUGCAGUGGUACGGUCCUCCGCAUUAUAAAUGCGCUAAAUAGCAACACUCCGCUAUAAAAAGUAUUAGAACUCACUUAAGAUCAGCGAACAAAACUAUUCUGAAACAAGUGCCUUAAGGUUGUUCAAUACUGGCAGACGAAAACAUUUCCAAUGGUUUACGUUUUUCAUGUUUUUGAGCUGGAGGUUGGGGGGGUGGAGAAAGUCAGACCUGUUUAUGUUGGGCUUUAGUUCUCUCUGGAUAUAUCCAGCUCUGGUUAUUCUCUGCGUAAUUUAGAUUCCGUAGUUAUAGUAUGUUCGUAUGAAUUUCUCGUAAUCUGUUGCAUACCAGGUUAACCAAAUAGGCCUUGAAAGACUGAUUUGCAUCGCGUUAUACCUGCCGGUGAAAAUCUUAUCACUACGUGAGAAAAAAACCUAACAAAUGGCGAUCAAGUCCCUUUAAAAACUAGAAAUUGUUUGCUUUUUAUGAAACUUCUGAAACCGUCCUUGAAUUUGCGGAGCUCUCCAUAGAAACAAAAAUCGUUCUUUUUCUACGUCAUGUUUCAUCUUUCUCGCAACAGUGGAUAUCUAAGACAUUAUCACGGGCACCUGGGUCUAACCACGUUUCUUCCAAUUAACAUGAGAAAAACCCAAAAAACGAAGUUGUCAUUAAUCGACAUCGUGAUCACUUUUUAAGUGAGCCCACAAUGCAUCAGCAGAAGUAAUCCAAUUGUUGGCGAUCCAUUUGACUCCAGACCACACCCCACAGCCGCCGUGCAGGGAGUAUUCGUCCAUUUCACCCAUCCAGCCGGUCUCUUCGUCCACAAAGUGAUUGUACCACAUGAUCGCUUUGCCUCGCUUCGGUGCUACAACUAAGUUUCCAUCAUGACAGUACUGCAUGAGAUUGAACUUGUCAUCUUUCAGCGAAUCGAUGUAUGUCUGGCAAAUAAGAGAAAGAUGGUUCACAAAGGCAAAGAAUACCUUAUCGUUUGAAAAACGGAGCUCGAACGAAAGGUCAUGCGAUUAUGUGAUUACUGGUUUCUAACAGUACAGGAAACUCCUGACUGUGGCCAACCAAUUACAAUAUCAGCUAAUCACAGGAAAGUUCUCAACAAGGGUGUCUGACCUUGUUUGUUCGCCCGAGCCAAACAAAAAUGAGAAAAUCGUUUAAAUUUCAAAGUGAUUGUAGUUCAGGUUAAGUUGCCGUUAAGAUGUAUUUGCAAAAAAGUAAUACUGAGAAUUGGGGAGCCGAGAAAAAAUUUCUUGCACCGAACACAGAAAUGAUCUUGUUAACAAGGUAAAAAUCCCUAGCAAUGAACAUCAGUAUCGUAAUAUGAAAUCUCAUUGCCAAUCCUUUAAGCUCUAUUUGAUCUAGCAGUUGUGACUACAUUAACUCGAGACGCAAAGAUGUUUGUUUGGUUCAUGUAACUGGAUUUCUACUGUGAGUAAAGUCUACGCUUUCUGUCACGGGUAUUUUUACUUUUACUUCAUUUUCAAAACAGAGAGCUGGUCAUGGUAUUGCUUAAAUGUGCCACAUAUGCGCCUCAUUGCAUGCAUGGUUGCAAGCAGGAAACAAGGUUAAAUGCAAUCAGCAUUUUACGAAACAUUCCACAGGCAAAGAAAGGUUAUCAGUACUUGAUAUUUUAUAUCUACUUAUGUUAAACCUGUUUAUCAAAAGUGGCAUUAUCCACCACAGGGAAAGCUGUUUCUCCUCCAUCUUCAAUGUCAUUUAGAUAAUACAGGAUAGUAGCAUAUCUGAAAAGGAAAAAAAUGUAUUACUAACAAAGACGACAACCCGCCAUCAUGGGCAGUGAAAACGUCGCUAAAAAAUGAAUCUGCCGUCCUUUUUCAAAGCUCUAUUUGGACCCGCUCAAUUUGUCGAAUGUAGGCCAUUUUUCCUGGAGUGAAUUCUUUAGGAGUUUAUCCAGGUUUAAAAAAAAGUAAGGAAUAUUAAUUUUUGUCGUCUUAUCUUCACGGCCACGCCCACCAUAAAGCGUCGCAUUAGGAAGUUUCACGUUUAAAUCGCGCAGUUGACGUCAAAAAAAAAACAUACUACGUAAAAGGCGUGAUGCAAGUGCAGAACUGUUGUUUUGCUUAAAUACCAAUUAUUUUUUUUUUUUUUGACGUUGUCGUCGUCGGCCCGUUUCAGUGCGAGUAUAUUGGACAAUCAUCAGGCAAUAGGGAAAGACCCAAAACUCUAAAAGAAAUAUAUCUUUGAAAUCAACACUUUAAAUCCCCGCCCAAUCAAAUUCAACUAAUUAACAUUUUCUCCUAGGUGUGAUUGGAAGUGGCAAGCAACAUUUUCCUUGGAUUCACAUCGACGAUAUGACCGGAAUAAUUACACACUCCCUCGAGAACGAUCAAGUGACCGGUGUAUUGAACGCAGUGGCACCUGAAAUUGUAACAAACGAGCGCUUUACCAGGGAAUAUGGAAGCGUCCUGUGGAGACCCACCUUGAUUCCUGCUCCUUCAUUUGCAUUAAAUUUAAUGUUCGGUACCGAGCGCGCCAAAAUUCUUUUGGAAGGACAGAAGGUUAUUCCCAAACGAACACUGGAGAUGGGCUACAGGUUCAAGUUCCCAGAAUUGAAAGCUGCCAUGAAAAAUAUUCUCAGCUAAAUUAUCAGUCGUUGUACCUCUCAUUUUUGUUAUGACUGGACAAGUUGGAUCAAAGGGAACCCACACGAUAAUAUCGAUGAAACGAUUACUCACUUACACAAAAAGAUUUUGGUGUUGACCGUACUUUUUUGAGACUUGCCAAUUUUUGGUUCCUCGAUUGUGAAAGGUUUAAGAAAGUGUACUGCUGCUUGCAUUCUUAAUCGUGAACUGCUCGAAUAGCUCCGAACUUUAUUGUGUACUUCAACAAAGUUGUUGUCCUGCGGCGAAGUUGUUUGGGGAAAACAUUAGUUCAGAACAAACUGUUCACGACAGAAGCAAUGCUUGAAAUAAGAAAAGAGACUAAGACAUCCGUGGUGAUAAUUUAUAAGAAUAUAUUUUAAGACCAAAGGGAUAAAUAAACCAAAAUGAAGAAAAGU